AUGGAUAACAUCUUCAUCGAGGCAUUGGUGCGAGCAGGAACGUGCAAAGGACACGGCACAUCGAUUGGAGGGUGUUCGAGCUCGGUGGUCAGUAGAUUUUCAUCAUACGGGAGCCAGAAAGGCUCGGUGUUCCGGCAGAGGAGUCAACGAGCCGGAUUUCAUUCGAAGACGGCGAAACACGAACCUGCGGCAGCGUUGGCGACCAUCCCCCGCGAAGACCUCUAUAACCUCGUGGACAUAUACGGCUCCUACAACGAAAGGGAGUAUUCCACCAUAAUCGAUUUCCAGAGCCCAUCGGAAACUGCUCCCCCAUUCCAUCCACGAGCGACGGACGGACCUUCAAGACCCCGUCCACCAGGGGACAGUUCGGCCAUACAAGAAUUCCAAACCCUCAUCCGAAAUCCUAAAGCCUCCCCCGAAAAACUCUACGAAGCAUAUCGACAAAUCCAGUCCCCCGCCCCCCUAUUCCUCCCCCGAAAAUGGAUGGACGAACUCCUCCACCGCCUCUCCCUCGUCAACGAAGAAGACGAAGGCUCCAUGAUGCGCUACCUCUCCAUCCUCGACGACCUCAAAGCCGCCGACAUGCCCAUCGCCCGACGCGAAUGGAACAACGCCAUCCGCUUCGCCGCCCGCUGCUUCCGUAAGAUCUCGGACGCCGAAGUCGAGGGCGCGAUCUACCUCUGGAAGGAGAUGGAGUCCACCGCCGGCGUGCAAUCCGACCACGUCACCUUUAACAUCCUGUUGGACAUCGCGGUCAAGAGUCGCAAAAUGGGGCUUGCGGACCGGGUGCUGGAGGAGAUGCAGCGGCGGAAACUCAAACACGACCGAUAUUUCCAUUUCGCACGGAUCUUGUACUUCGGGCAGCGAUUCGGCGGAAACGCGAUCCGCCACGCCUAUCGCCAGUUCAUUGACUCUGGCCAGAUCGUCGACACUGCGGUUCUCAACGUCGUGAUCGAGGCGCUCAUCACCGCCGGCGAAGGGCCCGCCGCCGAUCACGUCUUCGAACGAAUGAAAGUCAUGACCGCGGAGCGCAUCCAGCCCCACGCGCCGUACCCCAGCAACUGGCAACAUCGCCGUGAGCUGACGAAGAUGCUGCGCGACUUCUCUGAGAUCUACUACACCACCGACAAAGACGCCUGGCACCAGCUUGAACUCACCACGCCGAUCGCCCCGUCCAUGGACACGUACUGCAUGCUCAUCUCAUACCACGCGACGAUCGGCGACAUCGACCGGGUGCUGGAGUUGAUCUCCGAGAUGCACGCCGCGGGGAUCGAGCCGGGUGGGCGGCUGCUCAUCCACCUGAUGAAAGGGUUCCGGCGCCACGGCGGGAUCCGAUACAGUUCGUGGACGAAGCAGCGGUUGGAGGCGCUAUGGAAGGGUUUCCUACAGGCGGCGCAGGCGCAUCCGACGACGAGAGAGCAUCGGAGGGCGUUGGCGCCGGCGGUGGUGUUGGCGUUUGAUUGCUGUGUGGGGAGGCGGAGGGCAGGGGAGGUGUUGAGGGAGGUGGAGGGGCGGUGGGAGGUGGAGGAGGAGACGGUGGAAUAUAUUCUGAGUCGGAUGGGGAGGGGGAAGGGGAAGGAGGAUGAGGAUGAGGAUGAUGCAGUAGAUUAG